UAACAGACAAUCAGACAUUCCUUUCUUCGUCGGACGAUUACAAACCCUAACCCCAGAUCGGAACUUCUUCUUCAAUCAUGGAGCACGCUUCAAUACUCAGGUACUAUGUAGUGCAUUUUCUUUUGAUUUUCUCUUUCCUAUUCCUAAAUGCAAAACCCGUACUCACACUAUCAUUCCCAUCACUCCACGACCAACCUCAAUUCCACUCCAACAUUGGCCUCCUCGGUGACGCCAAAUUCAUCAAUGCCGAUUCGUCCGUACAACUCACUAACCCCAUGCCUUCUAGCUCUGGCCUUCUGAUUCACGAUAAACCCCUCAAAUUCCUGGGCUCAGACUCUACCCAUCCGGCGUCGUUUUACACUGAUUUCACAUUUUCAAUUUCACCACACGAUGGGGAAGGAAUUUCUUUCAUAAUUGCUCCCACUGAUUUUCCCAGAAAAUUAUCCGGGAAAGGCUCGUUUGGGCUUUCUGGGGUAGAUCGGUUUCUGGGUAUUGAGUUUGAUACUAAAAUUGAUGAGAAUGUAGGUGAUGAGAAUGCGAAUCAUAUUGGGAUUGAUGUGUCUAGUCUUGUGUCCCUCAAAGUUAGCAAUGUUUCGUCAGUCAAUUUGGUUUUGAACAGUGGAGUGAAACUGCAUUCAUGGAUUGAUUAUGAUGCAAGAUCGAAAAUAUUAGAGAUUAGGUUGAACAAAUUUGGUAGCACAAGACCGCAUGGUCCGUUGCUGAUGUAUCAAAUUGAUUUGUCUGAAAUGUGGAAAGAAGAGGAGGUUUUGGUGGGAUUAAGUUCGUGUACUGGAAAUUCAGUGCAGACAAGUAGUGUGUAUUCUUGGAAUUUUAGGGUUACAAAUGUUCCCAAAUGGUUGCAUUCUCAACCUGUGGAUCCACGAAUUUAUUCCAAUGAGAAAUUGAAACAUAAAAAACCGGUUUGUCUAUUGGGGUUUCUUUCUGGGUUGAUUUUUGUGACUGGAUGUGGAGCAUUGGCGGCGUUUGUUGCACUGUUUCUAUGGACAAUUUUUGUUAGUAGGCAAACGGAGAUCCCAGUGGAGUGUUCUAUGCUCCCGAUAAAUUUCAGGUAUGAAAAAAUCAAUGUAGUAGCAGAGAAUGGCUCCGAAGAUGCUAAGAAGUAGAACAUUAAGCUGUUUUGUUGUAAACUUGUGCUGCUUGUACUGUUUCUGUGAAUUAUGAUGUGAUGCAUUAUGUACUCAUGUAGUUUCAGUUGCUCUUUCUGAUGUAUGGACAUCACUUUUGCUUAACCACAAUUUGAGUUGCUGGAAUCUAAGUUUUUAUGGUCCGAACUGUUCACAA